AUGAUUGUAAAAUUUCACAAGACAACAGAGAGAAUCAAAGGAUUGUCAUUUCAUCCUAAGCAACCCUGGUUACUUGUUGGAUUACAUUCUGGAGCAAUUCAAAUGAUAGAUUAUAGAUUGGGAAGAACAAUAGAAGAAUUUGUGUAACAUGAAGGUCCUGUGAGAUCAGUUUAGUUUCAUCAAUCUUUGUGUCUAUUUAUAUCAGGCUCAGAUGAUUUUACUGUAAGAGUUUGGAAUUACAAAACUAAAAAAUGUUAAUUCGUGUUGCGUGGCCAUCUGGACUUUAUAAGAUGUGUACAUUUUCAUCCAGAAUUGCCUUGGUGUGUCUCAGCUUCAGAUGAUUAAACUUCUAGAGUUUGGAAUUAUUAAUCAAGACAAAUGCUAGCCAUUGUAACAGGACAUAGUCAUUAUGUGAUGCAUUGUGAAUUUCAUCCAACAAAAGACUUUCUAAUUACUUGUUCUUUAGAUUAGACUAUUCGAUUAUGGUCUAUUGCAUAAUUAAAGAAAAGAUUUACUUAAAAGAAUUUGCAAAAUGAUUAGCAGAAUGAAUUAGAAUUAAUAUAAAUCUUAGAAGGACACAACCAAGGUGUGAAUUGGUGUACAUUCAGUCCGACUGAAAAUUUAAUAUUGUCAGCAUCAGAUGAUAAGAAAGUCAAAGUUUGGAAAUUUAGUGAUUCAAGAGGCUUUGAGAUAGAUUCCUAUUAGGGUCAUAUUAAUAAUGUGAGCAGUGCUAUGUUUCAUCCAUUUGGAGAUUACUUUAUAUCUAAUUCAGAAGACAACACAAUAAGAUUGUGGGAUAUGAAGAAGAAAGUUGAAAUUGACUGUUUUACAAACUAUGAAUUAGAUAGAUUUUGGGUUAGUGCUGUUCAUUAGAAUAACAAUUACUUUGCAGGAGGAAGUGAUUCUGCUUUAUACAUAUUUACAUUAUUUAGGAAUAGACCUGCUUUUGAUUUAAUAGAUAAUAAGAUUUUGUUUGUUGGGAGCAAGAAAUAAAUCAAAAUAAUAGAUUUAUAGAAUAAUAAAGAGAUAGUCAUUAAGAAUUUCCAAGAAGUCGCUACUUUAAUAUCAGAUAACCUAUUAUAAGAUAAUAUUGAGUUUAUCUAAUAAAAUAUUUAUGAGACAAGUAAAAACAUGCUCUUAAUCAGGUUGAAAUAGAGCUCUCAUAAUAAAUAGAGAGGAAUAUGUAAAUAUAUGAUUUUUGAGUGCUAAACUAAUCUCAGUCAAAUCUUUUUGGGUAAGACUGCUAUUUUCAUUGGAAAAUAUAAGAUUUUAAAGUCCAAAGAAAAUUCAGAGAUAGAAAUUUAUAAUUUUGAAGUUGAUUCCCAUAAAGCUCUAGGCCAUAAGGCUGAUAAACUAUUUCCUUAUUAAGGAGGCAAAGCCAUCUUCUAUUCUGAUGAGAUGAUUAAUGUAUUAGAUCCUGAGGCUAAUUAAUUAGUUUAUCAAAUCCCUUGUUCUAAUGAAUUUAAUAAUAUGAAAAAGGUACUGACUAACGACACAUAUGUUAUGAUUUAAACUAAGAAAGCUAUUCAUCUGUUUACAAAAUCGUUCUAAAGGGUUACAUAGAUUUAAGAGUCAAUAAACAUUAAAUCAGUAUUAUUCUUAAGUAAAACCUAAAACAUUAUCAUAUAUUCAACAAAAGUUCACAUAAAAUAUUUGUUAAUAAAUGGGGAUUCUGGUAUUUUUGGAACCAUGGAAACAGUUCCAUAUCUUAUUUAAUUACAUGAAAAAUAUAAAUUAAUUUACAUGAAUAAUGUUGGUACACUAUUAAAUAUGGCUCUUGAUUGUUCUGAAAUGUUGUUUAAGUAGGCUUUGAUCGAUAAAAACAUUAAAUAUAUCUAAAACUUCUUAUAGUCACAUAAGAAAUUAGGCGUUUUGAUUACAUCAUAUCUAUAUUAAAAAGGAUUUCCAAUGAUUGCCUAUUAAUUGGUUGAGGACAAAAGAGCUAAAUUUUAAUUAGCAUUGUCUUCUAAUAAUCUAGAACUCUCCUAUAGAACUUGCGAUGACUUAAAGAAUCCCGUAUGUUAUCAAAAACUAUCUGAAGAAGCCAUGAGAUAGGGUAAUCAUAAUAUAGUUGAAGUUUGUUAAUAGAAAUUGAGAUCCUCUCAAUAACUGUCUUUUCUCUAUACAAUUACUGGUCAAAUUGAUAAGUUGAAUGUAUUGAGUAAUAUAGCCAAAGAAUAAAAUGAAUAUAAUACUCGAUUCUAAACAUUAUUACAUCUCGGAAAUUAUAGUUAAAGAGUUCAAUUCUUAUAGGAUUGUAAAUUGAAUCAUAUUGCCAAUCUCAGCAAAUUAGUACAUGGAUUAGAAUAUGAUUAAAAAUUGAUCAUACCUGAAGAUUUAGAAUGGGUGUAAUCUUUAUAACCAGAAUUGCUAUAACCUCCUGUUUAAAUUAUUAAAUCCAAAUAGCAUCCUCUAUUUUCUAUGAAUUGGCCUCAUAAUUCAGUUGAUUAAGAUGACUAAUAUAAUAUAUUAAUAGUAGAGGAUCAAGAAAAUAAAGAAAGAAAUCAGAAAUCAUAAGAAAAACCAUCAUAGAAUUAGGAAAAGAAGAAUGUCAAUAAUUGUUAGAUUAAAAAAGAAGAUUAAACCAAAGAGAAUUAGGAUAAUGAAGAAGCAUUUGAAGAUUGUUAAUGGGAAAUAAAUGAAUCAGAACUCCUGGAGAUGUAACUAAAUUAAGCAACUUUAGAUUAUAAGAGCUUGUAGUAUGGAUAUCCUGAUUAUAAAAAAGUUUUAUCACCUGUUGAAUAGAUAAUUACUGAGUAAUUCCAAUAAUGCUAAUAAUCAUUAAAAUCCACAAAAAAUGUGACUAAUAUUAAUCUGUGCAAAGAUUAGAUGAAAUAAUUAUGUCUUAGCUCAAUUAUAGAAAUAAGUUAGAUACCUUUUCUUUAGCCUGCUCCAUAAAUGAUAUCAGCUGUAUCAGAUAAAUAGCAUUUCAGUAGAAUUUCCUAAGAUCUUCUAAAGUAAGGAUACAAACAAACUACGGAUGGCAAAUUUCAAGAUGCUUUGACUACUUUUAAAACUUUAUUGAGAAAAGCUCUAUUUUAUGAUAAAAACACAGAUAUUAUUCCAAUCUGCUUAAAUUAUAUUAUAGCGAUGAAUUGUGAAAUUAAGAAGAAAGACCAAAGUGUUUCUAGACAAAUCGAAUUAGCUUGCUAUAUGGCCAUGUGUGAUUUAUAACCAAUACAUCGUUCACUUACUUUAAGGGCAGCUAUGAGUUUGGCAUACAAACAUAAGAAUCAUUUGACUGGGGCUUAUGUUGCUAAAUAUUUGUUGAAAUUAUUAGAAAAGGCUCCAUAAGGAUCAGCUUAUGCUAAGGUUGAAGUUAUCGAAAACGUAAAGAAAAUCUUAAGAAAUUGUGAGUAAUCAUUACGAAAUGAAUAUGAAAUAGAUUUUGAAGAAGAUUAUUUAAAUUAAGGGACUAAGAUUUUGUUUGCUGAUAGUUUGACAAUCAUUAAACAUUAAAACUUUUACUAAUGUCUUUUUGAUAAAGCAAUUUAUUCUUAAAAAGGAAAACUUUGUUAAAUUUGUGAUUUGUGUUAAAUGAAUUGA